UUGUUGUUAGCUGCUUAAAUCUUUAGCUACCUAUUACAAAAGCAUAAUAAGCACUGUUCCAAAAUCCAUAACACUUCAAUCCUAUUUAGAAUCACAAACUUUUCUUUCCUUAGAGAUACUUUGGUUACCAAAAAAAAGGUCUCAUUUUAGAAACAUUGAUAGUUUUCAAGAAUCAAUAGAAUAGAAAAAGAGAACCAAACAACUACACAAAUGAUUUCAAUAAAGAGAAGAGAAAGAGGUAAUCCAGUUACAAUGCAAUCACUUAAUCCUCAAGUUCAACAACUACAUCAUGGUAGUAGCAAUCAUCAUGAAGAAGACUACAAUCUUAAGGACACGAAUCCGCAACUUGGGGAGCGAUGGCCUAGCAGUGGAGCUUAUGGUGUUAGAGGAUGGAUGAGUGGUGGUGAAAGAUCAACAAGUACAUAUGAUCUUGUUGAGCAGAUGUUUUAUCUUUAUGUUCGCGUAGCGAAAGCGAAGAAUUUAUCUCCGAACACACUCACUUCAAGUUGUGAUCCUUAUGUUGAAGUGAGGCUAGGUAACUAUAAAGGAAGAACAAAGCAUGUUGAUAAGAAAUUGAAUCCUGAGUGGAACCAAGUUUAUGCUUUUUCCAAAGAUCAAAUUCAAUCUUCUGUUUUGGAAGUGAUUGUGAAAGAUAAGGAAAUGGUUGGUAGAGAUGAUUACAUUGGAAGAGUUGUUUUUGACCUAGAUGAAGUUCCGACUAGGGUUCCACCAGAUAGUCCAUUGGCUCCUCAAUGGUAUAGACUUGAAGACAGAAGAGGUGAAGGGAAAGUUAGAGGUGAUAUUAUGCUUGCUGUUUGGAUGGGAACACAAGCUGAUGAAGCUUUUUCAGAUGCUUGGCAUUCUGAUGCUGCUACUGUCUAUGGAGAUGGUGUUUUUAACAUUAGAUCAAAGGUUUAUGUGUCGCCGAAACUAUGGUAUUUGAGGGUCAAUGUGAUUGAAGCACAAGAUGUUAUUUCGAGCGACAGAAACCGCCUGCCAGAGGUUUUCGUCAAAGCUCAGAUGGGCUGCCAAGUACUGAGAACUAAGGUAUGUCCAGCUAGAUCAACUACACCACUUUGGAAUGAAGAUUUAGUUUUUGUGGCAGCUGAGCCAUUUGAGGAGCAAUUGACAAUUACUGUGGAGGAUCAUGUGCACCCUUCGAAAGACGAGGUACUCGGAAAGAUAAUCUUACCAUUGACCCUAUUUGAGAAGCGUCUAGACCACAGACCGGUUCAUUCUCGAUGGUUCAAUCUGGAGAAAUAUGGUUUUGGAAUGAUGGAAGGUGAUAGGAGGAAUGAGCUUAAAUUUUCCAGCAGGGUUCACAUGAGAAUUUGCCUUGAAGGUGGAUACCAUGUCUUAGAUGAAUCAACUUUGUAUGCAAGUGAUCAUAGACCAACAGCUAGACAACUAUGGAAGCAACCUAUUGGAAUGCUUGAAGUAGGGAUCUUAGGAGCACAAGGACUUCUUCCUAUGAAGAUGAACAAUAGCCGCGGCAGCACCGAUGCAUACUGCGUAGCAAAGUAUGGCCAGAAAUGGAUCAGAACUAGAACAAUUCUUGACACUUUUAGUCCUAAAUGGAAUGAGCAAUACACAUGGGAAGUUUAUGAUCCUUGCACUGUAAUAACACUAGGUGUUUUUGAUAAUUGCCAUUUAGGUGGAGGAGAUAAAGUUCCUAGUGGUGGUAGAAAUAAUGCAGCCAAAGAUUCAAGAAUUGGAAAGGUAAGGAUUAGGCUCUCGACACUUGAAGCUCAUAAAAUUUACACAAAUUCUUAUCCACUUCUUGUUUUGCACCAACAUGGUGUCAAAAAAAUGGGUGAGCUUCAACUAGCAUUGAGGUUCACUACUCUCUCAUUAGCUAACGUGGUUUAUAUUUAUGGUCAACCUUUGCUUCCUAAGAUGCAUUAUAUAAGUCCUUUCACAGUUAACCAAGUUGAAAAUUUAAGGUACCAAGCUAUGAAUAUUGUAGCUAUGAGACUUGGUAGAGCUGAACCUCCUCUUAGGAAAGAGGUAAUUGAAUACAUGUUGGAUGUUGAUUCACAUAUAUGGAGCAUGAGAAGAAGCAAGGCGAACUUCUUUCGCGUGAUGUCGCUUUUUUCUAACAUGAUCACAAUGGGAAAAUGGUUCAACCAAGUUUGCAAUUGGAAAAACCCCAUCACAUCGGUACUAGUUCACAUUUUGUUUCUGAUAUUAAUUUUAUAUCCAGAAUUGAUUCUUCCAACAUUGUUCCUUUACAUGUUCUUGAUUGGUUUGUGGAACUAUCGGUUUCGUUCACGAAACCCACCUCAUAUGGAUACAAAACUGUCAUGGGCUGAAGGAGUUCAACCGGACGAACUUGAUGAAGAGUUUGAUACUUUUCCCACUUCUAAAUCCCAUGAUGUUGUUAGAAUGAGAUAUGAUAGGCUUAGAAGUGUAGCAGGAAGGAUUCAAACUAUUGUUGGAGAUAUAGCUACACAAGGAGAGAGGUUUCAUUCUCUACUAAGUUGGAGAGAUCCAAGAGCAACUAGUCUCUUUGUAGUGUUCAGCUUGUGUUCAGCAGUCAUUCUAUAUGCAACACCACCAAGAGUGGUGGCUUUGGCAGCUGGUUUGUACUUUUUGCGGCAUCCUAAGUUUCGAAGCAAGUUGCCUUCUGUUCCAAGCAACUUCUUCAAGAGGCUACCGGCUAGAACAGAUAGUAUGCUGUGAUGUAUACAUAGUUUCAAACUUCAGAAUGGAUGGUUUAUUUUCUUUAUAGUGUAUUUAACUGAUCAAGAUCUAUCUUCAGACAAUGUUACAUGAAAAAAAGUUUAGAUGCUAAAUUAGUACUGUGCAUCACUGAAUCCAUACAUUGUAAAAAUAAUUUAAUUGUGGUUAUAUGGAAAUUGCUUACAUUUGAUUUGUAUAAA